GGACAAAAAUGGGAACUGAAGGAUUCAGCAUGUUCUCCUGCUGGAGCUUUUAUUUUGUGCUGUCUUAACCGGAAGUCACACCAGUAGUGACUGUGUUUGACUUGAUGCUGCUCGUCCGUGCACAGAUUUCCACCAGGAGCGUCUGUGGAGCAGCAACAGCCCCGUCCUCCUCCUCCUCCUCCUCCACCUCCUGCUGCUUCAAACACCUCCAUCCGCACAACGGAGAAGCCUGUGACUCGCCUGACGCGGUGCACGGCUGCAUUCUGUGGAAUACCUGCGGCACCGAGCUGCCUCCUGCACAUCGCACGUUCCCAGGCUUUUACUAGUUGAGGAGAAGCUGAGCCCACUCGCCAAUGGCAAGUCCGGCUGCAGACACAGGACAGUCUCAUCAGCAUCACCCGGCCAGCGACUCUGCCGCAGACUCCGCGUUCCAGGAGGCGCAGACAUGGAUCGAGGCUGUGACAGGAAGAUGUUUUGGUGACAGAGAUUUCAGAGGAGGACUGGAGAAUGGCAUACUGCUGUGCGAGUUGCUGAGCUCCAUUAAACCCGGCCUGGUGAAGAAAAUUAAUAGACUCCCUACACCCAUUGCUGGUCUGGACAACCUCAGUGUGUUUCUCCGAGGCUGUGAGGAGCUGGGACUGAAAGGCUCCCAGCUGUUUGACCCUGGAGACCUGCAGGACACGUCCACACGCCCCAUCGCCAAGGGAAGUGACUGCAGCCGAAAGCUGAAGAAUGUUUUAAUCACCAUCUACUGGUUGGGACGUGCUGCCAACGGCUGUACCUCCUACAACGGGCCCACGCUGGACCUGAAAGAGUUCGAGGGCCUGCUGUCACAGAUGCGAAAGGAGGCAGAAGAGGCAGAGAGCCCGAAACGCAGCAUCCGGGACAGUGGCUACAUCGACUGCUGGGACUCCGAGCGCAGCGACUCUCUCUCCCCCCCACGCCACGGCCGCGAGGACUCGUUCGACAGCCUGGACUCCUUCGGCUCACGCUCACGUCAAACCCCGUCGCCGGACGUCCUGGUGGCCCGCGGCAGCAGCGAUGGCCGUGGAAGCGACUCAGAGUCCGACGGCCCCCCCCACAGGAAGGCGCCGGACAUCCGCAAGGACGACAUGUCUGCGCGGCGGACGUCCGUCAGCGAGCUGCGAACCGCCAUGCCCUUCAACCAGUACCUUCCCAACAAGAGCAACCAGAGCGGAUAUGUUCCCACGCCGCUGCGCAAGAAGAAAAACGACAAAGAGGAGGGAGCACGCAAGAGCUGGAGUACUGCCACUUCGCCUGUAGGGGGAGACAGACCUCUCAGUCCAGAUGAAGGCCGUAGCUUAGACCCCCCGAGUCCAUCCUCCCCCCCGCCCCUUGACCCCCAGCCACAGAUUCACCGGGAGGAUGAAGGGCCGCACGCUGUCUCCAUACCUAGCAUUGAGAUCCACGCGGCGAACAGGAGGAGGAGCAGUGACCCUCCGCCCUGUAGCGUCCCCCAGCCCCGCCCAGAGCCCCGUGCCGAGACCAGUACGCACCUGAUGGGCGCCUCUGCACAAAGCACUCCGGCUCGCUCGUGCUCUGAGGAACUCUUCCACCAAUCCACGACUCCGGCGGGAAACACCGCUGCAGCGUCUGUGGUCCCAACGGGCCCCGGAAAACAUUCACCUGCAGCAGACCGGGAGGCAGCUGGAGGGAGCAAGGGACUCGCUGGUGCCCCGCUGGCCUGUCAAACGCUGACCUCUCCCAAACGCACCCCAAGUCCCUCCCACCUCCUUCCUGCACCUGCUUCCAUUGCAACCACAUCAAAAGAAACAGCCAAUAAGGGCCGACGAAAGGGCCGGGCCCUGAGCGAGAGUGACGACCCACAAGGAUCCUGGUUUGACGGCAGUCCUCCUGCAACAUUCAGCCACACAGAUAUUGUGUCAGAUGACUCACAGAGUGUGAGUAUGAUCGACAUGCGUGGUGAGGACGAGGGCAUCCUGCAGCCCCACAGUCAGGUGCGUCAUGAACUGAUGCACAAUCAGUACAACAUGAUGAAGGAGGAGGACGAUCACUGGCAGGACGACCUGGCACGAUGGAAGAAUCGGAGGAGGAGCGUUUCUCAGGACCUGAUCAAGAAGGAGGAGGAGAGGAAGAUGAUGGAAAACUUGCUGACAGGAGACGACUGUCCCGCCCAGAGGAGGAGAAGCAUCAAGACGUACAGAGAGAUAGUGGAGGAAAAGGAGCGUCGGGAAGAGGACCUGCGUGACACCUACAGACGAGCCAGAACCCCCGAGGAGGCGUCAGUCAUCCUCCAGCGCUACGCCCAGCGUUUCUCCAUCAGCGAGACGAUCAUGGAACGCCUGCAGCUGCCGAAGCUCCUGGAUCGCAGCAUCUCCGCCGACCCCUCCCUCGCCUGCUCGCCCUUCCCUCUCUCCCUCUCCUGCUCCCCGACCACGCCGGACCCCUUCGACGUGGACCCCAACGGGCCCCUGAGGUUCCUGCGCCAGCAGUCGGCCCCGGCUCCAAAGUUCACGUCUACGCUUGAAGCGCGAAUCGAGGAGUUUCCCAAAGACUUGUCCUCCCCUCACCAGCGGCCUCAGAUUCGCUCGCGCUCGUCCGAGCCGGCGUCCACCAGAGCCCUGUCGCCCAAACCGGUGCCUUUGCUAGCACCCAAGCCUUACAUCGAGUCCCGUGGCAGAGCGGCUGAACCGUGGGCCAACAAGGCGGACGGUUUGCUCCGAGUCAACGGCAGCUUAGGAAGUGACGCUCCCACCACUCCCGAGAGUCGAGGGAGAGAAUCUCCUCCUCACUUCCAGGCGUCUCCUUCCAGAACCAGCAACAGCACGGUAGCUGCUCCCUGCUCGGCAGCAUCGCCCGCACACAGUCUACACGCCCCCCCCACAGGAGGGAGCCCAGCGUCCAUGAAGGCCAAGGAGGCACAGGGCGGCACUGAAGCAGCUUCUGAGGACGUCCGAGAGAGAGGGGCUGAGACAUCAUCGCAACUGAGCCGGCCCACCUCACUGCCAGCGGAACUGCAGAAGUCAGAAGAAAGCUUUUGGAAGACUGGAGACCAGACGGCAGCUGCUCUAGAGGAGAAAACCUCAAAUACUGCAGCUCAACCAACAACACGUACAGAAGCCAAACAAGAAGUGAAACCUGAGGCAUCUGGUCCAAACAUUGCCACUCUGGUCCAAUCAGGGCUCAGCACACAACAGUGUCACACUGUAACUUUACAGGCAAGUUUUCCCAGUUCCCAGGAGUUUCCACUGGGAGGAGAAGAGAAAGUCCCGAACUUAACGGCACCAGGAUCGUCUGGAUAUCACCCGGCACAGGAAAUGACAGCAGAGUUUGCAAACAGUGUCCUCUCUCCACCGGCAACCAGCAACCCUAAGUUACGUCUGGAGUUCUUCACUCCGCCAGAGGCUCCAGAAAAGGAUCUCCGUGGAAAUGUGUCUGUGCCGGUGUUGCCCCAGGCCAGGCGGGCAGACCGCUGGUCCUGGGACCCGGAUGAGGAGCGAAAGCGUCAGGAAAGGUGGCAGCAAGAGCAGGAGCGCAUGCUGCAGGAGAAGUACCACCGUGAGCAGGAGAAGCUGAAGGAGGAGUGGGAGAAGGCACAGAGGGAGGUGGCGGAGGAGGAGAGGAAGUUCCAUGAGGAGGAGCGGCGGAUCCUUGAGGAGACGGUGGCUCCUCUCACGCCUCGCUCCUCGGCACUGCCGUCCCCGAGCCGCGGGGGGGUCUCCUCCACCGCUGAGCCCCACGACACCAUCGUCCGCUCACUGGCCGACUGGGAACGCAAGCAGGAACUUCUGGAGAGGCAGUCGAGGGGGAUUACGGAGAGCGCGGAGGGGAAACGGAGAGAAAACGACCGGACCAGUGACAUCAGCACUGCUGACGACAGCAUGAAAACAGGCAGAAGCCUGGUGAGUCACAGCAGCAGUCAGCCGGAAACAGUCGGCCACAGUCUGCAGAACGGCCAGAAGCCUCCAGCAACCCUGAAACCCUCGACUCCAGUGAAGAAACAAGAAGAUCUGACCACAGACGGCAACAAGGCCGGCCAGGCUGCAGGAGACAGGAGGGGUGGUCCCAUUGAUAAUAACACAAGCUGCAGCUCAUCAAAGCCCCCCGCAGCAUGUCCACCUCCUCCAGACACUCUGCCUCCAGCGCCCAACAGGUCCGUCAGUGGGAAGAAGCUGUGCUCCAGCUGUGGGCAGCCGCUGGGGAAAGGAGCGGCGAUGAUCAUCGAGACCCUCAGCCUCUACUUCCACAUCAGCUGCUUUAAGUGUGGGGUGUGUAAGGGACAGUUAGGGGACACGACCACGGGCACGGACGUUCGAAUCCGAAACGGCCUCCUCAACUGCCACCAGUGCUACAUCCGCUCUCGCUCGGCCGGACAGCCCACCACGUUGUGACGCCCGGAAGGAAAAGCACAAGGUUCACAGAAGAACCCCCAUCCCUGCUUUAACCCGAUUAUCUGCAAUUCAUGUCCUUCAGCGUGUGGCCGGGUCUCUGCAUCCUCUGCAGCUCAAUAACCAAUGAAGAUUCAUCACGUGGGGUCGACCGGGGAUCUGGGGACAGUCAAACAAUGACAAAAAAAUAUAUAUAUAAAUAUAUUCAUCGUGUUUAUGUCAUCUGAUACGUGAGUGAAAUCUGGAUUUGAUUGGUCCACGCAACCACCACACACUCCGCUCCAUCAUGCAGCGAGAAGGAGGGAGACGGCUCGGGGGCGGUGGCGGCGGCAGCCAUGUUGAAAAGAAAAACACAAGAUGCAGAUUCGCUCUGAACGCAGUCGACGUCCUUCAGGGUCACAGUGAACACACAAAGAGAAAAAUUGGUGUUUGAAUCAAGAAGUAGAAUUAGAUUCUAUUUUUUUCUGGAUGGAAAAAUAAUGUUAAUAUUUUCCGCUUUCAGUUCCAUAUGAUGGAAAUGCAGUAUAUCGUUUAGUUUAAUGUCAUCAUUUAAGAAAAGAUUAUUUUCAUAAUUAGAUUUGAUAAGAAUCAGAAAAACCCAGGAGUGAAAAAUGAGGCUGCUCAGAUCUGACUUUUUAAUUUCUCAUAACAGGCUGGAUCUGGAUUAGUUUUAAUAAUUUCUUGUCCCUGCAGCAAAACUACACGAUCACAACAACAAGAUUCUACAAGCUUCAUUUAGAAAGUGAAAUGAAGGUCACUAUAAACCCUCCGUAUCCACCGUAGUGAGUGUCUGGUUGUUUUUUUAUCCUUUGGCCCAAACAGUGAUCUCACGUCUCCUCGUCUGUGCUUGUGAAAAUAUAAAUCCCCUCUAAUAUAAACACAUAUUAUGGAUGUAGGUCAUCAGGAGCAGCUGCUGGGCCGCAGGAGGCUGUUGCUCGGGUCGGGAGAAGUCAGGACUUUAAUGUGCCUUAAGAAAGCAAAGGUGACGCAGGACGAAGACAAACACACACCUGGGAUGGAAAGAGGGGGGAGGGGGGGAUGGCCAAAUUUAAACUUCUAAAACCCGCAGCCCCCCCCCCCCCCCCCCCCUUCACAUCACGCUUUACUGCAAAACUUUUUAUUUUCACAUCGCUCCCCUGUUAUUCCUCUGUGAUUUGCAGUGACGAGCCCAAUGCAAAGAAAGGAAUACGUCUGUUGUCUGUCCGGAAGAAUAUACCUGUAGAGUGUAUAUAUAUAUAUAUAUAUAUAUAUAUAUCUACUGCAGGGGAAACCAUUGAUUUGAUUUUGAAUGCUUGACUCUAGAACCAUUUAGACUCCUGUUUGCUAUUAAUUGAGGUAAUUUGGAUAAUUGCUCAGUGGUAGGAUUCAUUUAUGAGAAAAAAAAGAAAUAAGUCACCAGUACAUGUUACAUCUCGUAAAAACCACCAACGUAAGAUGAACACACACACACACACACACACACACACACACCAGCAGCAGCAGCAGUUGCAUCAAUAUUUGGUUGGAUGAAAACUAAAGAUCUUUGCUGCCAGCUGGAAAAAACUACAAGUCAGAUGCAUCUUUUUCUUUUUAUGAACUCGUAUGAGAAGAGCUCGGUCGUGUAUUGUGGAUGUUUUUAAAAAUAAAAUGCACGUUUAAGCCUAAAACCAAAUGAUUUGCUGUAUGAAAGCAAACUAGCAGCCUCCUCCUCUUCCUCCUCCUCCAUCUAUAGCCAAGCUUCUCCGGGUUCAUUUCUCUGAUCUACAGUAUUUUUAAGCUUCUGUUCCGAUUGUGUAUUUUCUUUUUUUAUCCUCAUUUAGUUGAUGAAUAAAUCUCGGCUGAGUCUCUUAUAGCAGGAUCUUUGAGACGGACGCUCUAUAUUCAGACGCUCUUCUCUGACUGGAUAGCUGGGAAACGGAAACCUUUAACGUCUGUUCUGUAUUUAUUGUAAUAUUCACCUGAACACUAUCUGAAAUAUAGAUUCAUUUGAUGUUUAAGUGCAACAGCAUUUAUAGCAUACAGUAUGUUUAUAAAUAAAAUGUUAUAAAU